GGGCGCGCGGGGCUCGGACUCGGGCUCGGCGGGCGGAAGCGGCGGCGGCGGCGGCGGCGGCGGCGGCGGCGGCAGGAGCGGCGGGAGCCGAGGAGGAGGCUCCGGACGCUGCCCAGGAACCGGGACGCCGGAGAGCCGCGCCCUGAGCGCUCAGCCCGCGGCGUCAUGGCCGAGUACGGGACCCUCCUCCAGGACCUGACCAACAACAUCACCCUUGAAGACCUGGAACAGCUCAAAUCGGCCUGCAAGGAGGACAUCCCCAGCGAGAAGAGCGAGGAGAUCACUACUGGCAGUGCCUGGUUCAGCUUCCUGGAGAGCCACAACAAGCUGGACAAAGACAACCUCUCCUACAUCGAGCACAUCUUCGAGAUCUCUCGCCGCCCUGACCUGCUCACCAUGGUGGUGGACUACAGAACCCGUGUUCUGAAGAUCUCCGAGGAAGAUGAGCUGGACACCAAGCUGACCCGCAUCCCCAGUGCCAAGAAGUACAAAGACAUCAUCCGGCAGCCCUCGGAGGAAGAGAUCAUCAAACUGGCUCCGCCACCGAAGAAAGCCUGAGCGAGGGGGAGGAGAGGAGGAAGGUUGGACCUUCACUGGACCACUCCCUUCCCCCAGCCUCCAGGGGAGGGGCAAGGGCAACCCCCCCAGUCUACCCACUUACUAACCUGGUCCUAACCCCCUUACUGUGCGCGUGUGUGUGCGUGUGCGCACGCUCUGGCUGUCCGUCUGUAUGUCUAGCUCAUCAAGUUCCUCCUCCUUGUGAGAGGAUGGGGGUCGGGCUGGGGGGGGGGGCUUCGUUUCCCCACUUUAGGGGGAGGUGGGGGCUGUUUCUAUGCAAAUAGAAAUGGGCACAUUCCUCCUACUGCCCUUUCCUCCACUCUUCCCCCACACGGCCGAAGUGUGGGAGCAGAAAGGACCUGUAUUUUCCUACACUGAGGAGCCGAGCUGGGGGUGAGGGCCUGGGGAGAGGUGGGUGGACCUAAUGAGGAGCAGCGGGAGGGAAAGUGGUUACCCAACCCCCACCCGGACGGGGCAAAGAACAGCCAGAGUUCCGAGUUUGUACUCCCAUGCUGGAUUGGCCGAGUCUUUUCGAGUGGUUCCUCAGGCUGGAGGGCCUGGGCCCCAGCAGGUCCCAUUUUGCUCCCCUCCCAUGGGCCUAGGAUGGGUAUGAGCCAGGGAUCUAAGGAGAGAGGACCACGGGAUCCCUUCCUGGCCCCGAAGUUCAAACCCCGUGGAGCACCCAGCAUUAGACCCUCCCGCCUCCCCCAGAGCCCAUGCUGGGAGCAGGCCCCCCUAAACCAGAUGUGGGGAGGGGGGCCCUCUUUUCCACUCCUUUAUUCCUACUCAGACUGUUGCACACACUGACUCCAAACCUAGGGAGACUGAGGAAUGAGCUCCUUAGGUCUUAACCCCAACCCCGUCCCACCCACAGGGUCCCAGCGUGGUGACUACAGGCGACCCUCCCUAUGUCGGGUCUAGAACGCCCCCAGCUGGAACGAAGGGAAGAAGCUAAUUACAGUGUCUUCCUUUGCACUGACCACCCGCCCCCCCGCCCCCCCGCCACCAGUUCAGUCCAGGAGGGGACUUGUUAGCCCGUAGCCCAUCUUCCCCACUAUCCUGGCGUGUUGGGCUCGUGAAUGCCUCCUAGCCAAAUCACUAGAGUGCAGUGACCCCAGCCUCCUUCCUGUGCCAAGAUGCCCUCCCUGCCCUGACCGUGCUAACUGUGUGUACAUAUAUAUCUACAUAUAUGUAUAUUAAACCCGCACUGCCAUGUCUGCCCUUUCUUGUGUCUGGCAUUAACUUAGUGUCUAGGCCAGGGCGGGGGUUGGGGGGGGGGUGCAGUGAAGGGAGCGCCAGUCCAGUGGCUGUGUAGUGAAAACGAAGAAACUUUCUUCAAGUUUAAAUUCACAUGCAAUCUCAAGAGACUAUUCAGAGAAAGUUUUAAGUUCAGAGCUUUGAAGACAUGGGAGCAAAACUUAAGUGGGAGCGGAGGGCUGGCUGUCAGAGGAGGGAAGAAGCCAGACUGGCCAGAGAGAGCCGCCUCUGUGCCCAGCCCAGCCGUCCCCUCUGGCCACCGCUGCGGACACCUGCCUUAACACAUACACCUUGAGUACUCCACACAGUUUUGCCUUAAAGGACCUUCCCAAGUUUCCCCGGCCCUGUCUGGCUUCUCCCUCAAGGACAGAGAGAUACUUGCAGAAUUGGGAGGGGGGAACUGAGCACGAAUUGUCCUUCCGGUCAGGAUAUGUGAUGUGAGAGUGUGUGUGUGUAAGAGAGAGAGAGAGAGAGAGAGACGGAGGAAGGAAUUAGGAGCUUUCUCUGAAGAGGAGAGAGGGUGAGAUGGGAGAAGGGAGACAGGGUCAUUUUCAACAGAGUCUAGUAGUAUCUCUGUAAGGCAAAAAUAAUCUAAAAAGACUAACCUGCCCUCCCAUCCCUGUACUGCUGUGAGAUCGUCCCUAUCCUGUGCUCCCCUGUCUGCAGUGUGCACGGCCUCAUUCUAACCCUGGAAUAAAGGUGAUUGUACUGUA